CCCAGCGUCCAAUUCCAAGAAGUCAAAAAAAUCAAAAAAAUGAAGGUGAAAUGGACCCAAGUAGGUUUGGUGUUCUUUCUCUUGCUGUCCAUGGUGAUGACAGGAUGCUUCUUCUGGCAGUAUCAGCUUCCAAAGGUUCAGCCAGAUGAAGGACUGGGUGGCACUGCUAAAUCCGAGAUGAGGUGUCCCCGCUUCCCGGAGCCUAUUCCUCUGCAGCAUCCCAUUCCAAGUCUAAAAGAGGCACUUGAAAAGGUGGACGUUCUUCUCCGCCAGAGCAUCAAUCCUAUUAGCCUCCCGGCUCUUUCCGCCAUUGUCAUCCUGAACGACACCGUUUUAUGGACCGGCAAUUUCGGCAAAAGAAACAGCUCGGAUGCAUUCUCAGGACCUCCUAAUGAGUACACCAUCUACAGAAUCGCCAGCCUGUCCAAAAUCUUCCCAACGCUAAUGCUGUACCGACUGUGGGAGGAAGGCAAAAUCAGCUCUCUAGAUGACCCACUGGAGAAGUAUGUGGACAACUUCACCAUCAAGAACCCUAUGGGGAGGAUGCGUGACUCGGAACUAAAAUACGUGACGGACGGUCUGAUCUUUCUGGACAGCGGGGAAGUGCCAAUACGUUCCUCCUCGGUGACACUGCGUCGGAUGGCCAGUCAGCUCUCUGGCCUGCCCAGGAGACUCAGGGCAACAAACCUUCUCUGGAAAGGACAGACUCAGUCGGCAAUCAACCUUCUGCAGGAUGAUGUACUUGUUGCUGACCCAGGAACCAAAUGUCACUACAGCAAUCUCGCCUUCUCACUGCUAGCCCACGUGAUGUCCGAGCGUGUGGUCAACAUGGAUUACCAGCGUUGGGUCUCGGACAACAUCUUGGACCGCCUGGGCAUGGAGGACACGGGCUUUGACAUUACGCCGGGACUGCAGGGCCAGGUGGCCGUGGGUGUUUACUCCAACGGGAAGCCGGCCCCGCUCUACGACCUGGGCUGGUAUCGCCCGUCGGGCCAGAUGUUCUCCACGGCGGCGGACCUGGCCAAGCUGGCCAUGAUGCUGCUAGGCGCUUACCACCGCAAGCUUCUGGAUCCCGACUCCUUGAAGAUCAUGCUCACGCCGCUAUUCAGGUGCGACAAGGACUACUUCGCCAACCGCACCGGGACGCCUUGGGAGGUGAACGAACUGUUGGGCUACGAGAUGGUCCGCAAAGACGGCGACUUGGACGGCUAUUCGGCCACCUUCUCCCUGGUGCCGCGACUCAAACUCGGCCUGGUGGUGCUCAUGGCUGGAGGUCGGUCCCAAAAGCAGGACGUGGUGGCCAAAGCCUACCGUCACAUCAUCCCUGCUGUAGAAAAAGCCUUCAGGGAGGCCCGGAGGAUGCUCUCUGCACCUCCAAACCCAGAGGCCUACGUAGGCUUCUUCACCUACAGCAACAUCACCUUCUACGAAAUCAAAGCCGACACAGACGGCGUUCUCACCAUGCAGCAGUUCGGCCCUCAAAUCGAAGAGCUGAUCCCGCAAAAGUACCGGACCAUAAGGCUCAACUUUUUAGUUGAACGUGUCUUCAAGGUGGUCUUUGAAAAGGAGUACCCCUGCGUACUCAGGGUGGGCUCGGCUUCUGUUUCCCUGGAGGCGCAGGACGGUCAACUUUUCAACUUCUACGCGUAUGACAAACGAGGCUUGUCGCCUGGGUUUGACGCGCCCGGGCUGAACACAUAUAAUGUGGUCAGAAUAGCACGCAAGCCAUCCUUUUCCAGCUGA